GUGAUCACCAUCCCCCUACGCUUCUUUGGUUUGGAGGAAUCCUUGGCUAUGACUGUGAUCUCCUGGAUCGCCAGGCUCUACUGGAGCCUGGACAUUCUGUUCUCCUUCACCACGGGUUUCUAUGAUGCGGGCUUGUUGGUGCUGGAUCUCCGGCGAACGAGUAUGAACUAUUUGAAGGGAUGGUUCGUCUUUGAUCUCUUGGUGGUUUGUUUGGACUGGGUUCUGUUAAUCUGGGAGGAUUUCAUCUGGGAGGAUUUCAAUUCCAACACGGAAGGUCUGCCCAGGUUGUCCAAGACCAUGAGAAUUACCAGGCUGUUUCGAUUAGUGCGCUCGGGGCGCCUAUUGAAGGUGGGUGCUAUCACCGAGAACUUCCAGGAACAGAUCAGUUCUGAAUCCGCCUCUAUCCAUUACAGCAUCGUGCGAAUCAUCUUGUGGCUCAUGGUCAUGAACCAUGUGCUCGCCUGUGGCUGGUUCGGAGUGGCUGCGUUCUCAGACGGACGCACCUGGAUUACUGUGAAUCAGCUGGAGAGUGAAUCGGUGGCCUAUCAAUAUACCACCUCCUUACACUGGGCCGUGGCGCAGCUGGGGGUGGGGCAGACGGAGAUCGAAGCCGUGUCCCUGCCGGAGCGCAUCUUUUCGAUCCUGGUGAUGUUCGCAGCCCUGCUGAGUUUUUCCACCCUCGUGAGUUCGAUGACGUCCCUGAUGGCGCGACUCGAUCAGCUCAAAACUGAGGAGGUGUCCCAAUUUCGCUCGCUACGACGCUUUCUGGCGGAGAAUCAGAUCGAGCAGGAACUCUCGCAUCGGGUCAUGCGCUUCUUACAGCACAGCUUGAACGUCAAAAAGAGUGUGCAGUCCGACGACCCACAGGUGCUUGAAAUGCUCUCGAAGCCUUUGCAAGGAGAACUUCAACUGGAACGACAUAAGGCAACCUUUGAACAGAACGGUUUCUUCCGUCGGAUGCUGAAGCAGGGCGGCUUCCACCCCAUCCGCGAGCUGCGGAUGGUGGCGAUGAAUUGCAUGCAGCCGCAGGUCAUGGCAUCGGGCGACGUGGUCUUUGCCGCAGGUUCUAUGGCGAAUAGCUGUUUCUUCUUGGCCAAAGGCUCCUUCCACUACACCUUUGAGAAAUCCUAUGAGGAGCUGAGUAACACCUGGAUCGCAGAGAUGUGUUUGUGGAUCCCCUGGAGCUACGCAGGCGACCUCGUGGCGCAGGAGACCAGUCGCCUCUUCUCUUUGGACCUCUCGGCUUUCUGCAAGGCCGUGGCGAAGGUCGACACCACGCGGGAGAUGGCCGUGGCCUAUGCCAAGGAGUGCGUCGAUGCCCUGAACGGCAAGCAGGGUUCAGUGUCGGACCUUUGGCAGAGCUUGUCAGAAAGUCAUGAAGUGAAUCCCUCGAAAUCCAUCAGAUCAGGAGUUUUCAGUCGCAUCCUUCCCUUGGACAUGGACUAA